AUGGCGAACAUGAAAAGUUCAUUAGAUUACUGGAGGAAAUUUUUCAGUUGCGCAAAAGUUGAUAUUCUUGAGUUGAUCGACAAAGCGAUUCUCGUAGCAGUAGUGGAUUACUCGAAUGAAUUUAACGACAUAAAGGAUAUGAUUCUUGAAAAGCAACGAAAUCCUCAACUUUCCCACAACAAUGGCAAUACUAAUCCGAAGGAGGAGAAAAAGCUGAAGGCGACUGAAAUUGGAAGACCAGUAAAUGCUCUGAGAAAACACAACACCAAGCAUAUUCAAAAGCUUGCUCAAUCUCUCGUUAAUGGAUGGAAAGAGUUGGUAGAUGAAUCAGUUAAAUCUACUGCUGCUAACAACCAUCUGGAGAGACAGAUAAUUGGAGAGGCGACUGAAAUUGGAAGACCUGUAAAUGCUCUGAGAAAACGCAACUCCAAACAUAUUCAAAAGCUUGCUCAAUCUCUCGUUAAUGGCUGGAAAGAGUUUGUAGAUGAAUGGGUUAAAUCUGAUGCUGCUAACCAGGUAAAAGAAGUAUCUACAAUUGAUUUUGGAAAUGGCUACUCAUCAAAACUAAGUUCUAAACAAAAUCCAAGCAGCCAUUUCUCUGAAAUGAGAGGAAAGGCUUCAAAUAGUCCACAAAAGAAUUCAGAGCAGUCCAAUGAGAUUUCAGAUAUGUCCAAGCUAGAGAAUACAAAGAGAAAACUUAUUGAAGGAUAUCAACGAAUAGAACAUGCAAAGAAGCAAAAAAUGAUAAAAUUUAUAGAUCCGAGUGAUCUACCAAUGGACUCACAUGAGAAAGAAAGACGAAAAAAGAAGGCUUGA